AUGAUGCAAGCCGACCACGCCUUUGCUUUGGCUCUGCUGUCCGUCUCGAACGCCCAACACGCAACUCAGCAGCAGCAGCAGACCCCCCACCAGUCAAGCAAAGGAGCUGAACCUGACAGCAGCAUGCUGCUCGCGGCGUUGAACGACGUGGACUCCUACAAGUCGUCCACGCUCAUUUGUCUCUACAAGGUCAACAUGCUGGAUGUUAAGAAAGACACCUACAACUACAGCGUCACCGGAUGCAAGGUGGACCCCGAAUUUGUGGGUCGUUGCCCCGACCUGACCACGUUCCCUGGUUGUGGCAGCUACAAGGUCGUCCUCACCUCAAAGUCGAAGAAACCCAAGGUGAUGUCGAUCAAGUAG